UAUAGGAAUAUAAGAAAUCCGCAUCCGAAAAGAUCAACAAAACUUAGCAUUUUAUUUUGUAAUUACCUUAGGACUCUGAACUGCUUCAAAUUUCCUAUUCCUUUUCUUCAAAGGAAAAUAUGUAUUAUAUAAAUGGCUAAUUCCACUAUUUAAUCCCAUCUUUUUCCAGCCGAUUUCAUCUCUUUCGUUUCUGUGCGAGAAAUUGCGAAAUAACUACAAAGAAAAGAGCACUCUGGACACUCGAUUCCCUUCUUGUCUCAUCUUGCAAGGAAUCAAGUUCAUUCUCUCAUAAUUGCACGAUGAAGAAAACCCAAUUCGCCUUCGCCUUUUUGGUUCUUUCGCUUGCCAUUAAUGUUUCUCACGCCAAGCAAAUCAAACCCUUUUCCGAUCUCACUUCCAUUCAUCACUUCCUCAACAAAACCCAACAAUGGCGAACCACCCACCAAGCCCUAUUCCAUCAAACCCAUCUUCCCAUUUCGCCUCCCAUUGUAGUAGCCGGAGUUCUCUGUUUUAUCGCCGCUUCUUUAUCCAGCGCCGGCGGGAUUGGCGGCGGCGGGCUUUAUAUACCUAUUUUGACGAUUGUAGCCGGUGUAGACCUCAAAACAGCUUCAAGUCUCUCGGCUUUUAUGGUAACUGGAGGGUCGAUUGCGAAUGUAUUGAGCAAUUUCUGCUCCAAAUCAGGGGGGAAUUGUUUGAUUAACUUUGAUAUUGCUCUUUUGACUGAACCUUGCAUGUUAUUAGGAGUGAGUAUUGGAGUUAUUUGCAACCUUGCGUUUCCUGAAUGGGUUACUACUAUUCUGUUUGCUAUUUUUCUUGCUUGGUCGACCAUGAAAACUUGUAAAAGUGGGAUGGUGUAUUGGGAAAUGGAAAGUGAAGAGCUUAGGAAUACUGGGUGUAAACUGGAAGAUGGAUUAGAGAAAGAAAACGAAGCUAAAAUUGUUGAAGAACCUCUGUUGCCCACACAAGAAAAUUGCAAAUUGAGACUUCCUUCAAUGAAAUUGGGGGCUUUGGUUCUUGUCUGGUCUUGUUUCUAUCUCAUUUAUCUUCUUCGUGGCAACCGAGAUGGACGGGGUCUUUUACCAAUCGAAACAUGUGGAACAGGAUAUUGGAUUAUCUCUUCGCUCCAAGUUCCGGUGGCCAUAGCUUUCACUCUCUGGAUUCUUUACAAACAGAAGAGCCCUCAACCUGAAGAUUCCCCUCAGAAGGAGUUAGAAGAAGCACGGCCUGCUGUCGAACCAUCAAAGAAACUGAUCUUCCCAGUAAUGGCAUUUUUAGCUGGGAUUUUGGGUGGCAUGUUUGGGAUCGGCGGUGGCAUGCUCAUAAGCCCUUUCCUUCUUCAAGUUGGAAUAGUUCCUGAGAUAACGGCUGCAACUUGCUCCUUCAUGGUCUUCUUCUCGGCUACAAUGUCAGCUUGCCAGUAUUUGCUGCUGGGAAUGGAGCAUGCUGAAAUUGCAAUCAUCUUCGCCAUCGUCUGCUUCAUUGCCUCUGUGCUCGGAUUGGUAGUGGUUCAGAAGGCGAUUCGUGAUUAUGGAAGGGCAUCUCUCAUCAUCUUCUCAGUUAGUAUAGUGAUGGCUUUGAGUACUGUUUUGAUGACCACAUUUGGUGCCCUUAAUGUUUUCAGGGACUACAUUGCUGGAAACCCUAUGGGAUUUAAAUCACCUUGUUAAAAGAAAACAAUCUUCUUUUUUCUUCAAGCGGUUCCUUGCAAAGUUUAAUGGUUUGAGAGAAUUAGUAUGAAUGUAAAAUAGGAGAAUGCUUGUCGUCAAA